AUGCUUCCAGUUUCAGUCUUAUUGGCCUUAGUGGCACCAGUUUUGGGCGGGCCCAUCAAACUUUCUGCCCGGGAUCUGACUUUCAGUGUCCAGUCUUGUUCGGCUGCGAACGAGGCCCAAUACUUUUCCUGCCAGGCACCAGGCUCUGUUUCUGGCAACUCUUGUUGCUACGAAAACGACGGCUUGAUUUUGCAGACUCAGUUCUGGGACUUUGAUCUGUCUUUGCUUUCCUCUGUUAGCUCCAAUGAAGCCCGCAAGCUUCUGGUUAAGAAGAGAGGGAACUUGGUUGCCCGGGCAUCGUCUGCUGAUAACGACGUCAGCCAAACUUUCACGAUCCAUGGUCUUUGGGACGACACCUGUGGUGGCUCGUACAACCAGUUCUGUAACCCUGACUGGGAAUUUUCUGAUUCAGACAACAUCCCAGACAUUCUUAGCCUGUUUGGCCAAGACGAUUUGCUCAACACCAUGCAAACUUACUGGAUUAGCAACUCUGGUCUGCCAGAGUCUCUUUGGGAGCAUGAGUUCAACAAACACGGCACUUGCUUCAAUACAAUUGCUCCUUCUUGUUUCACUGGUGAUUACCAACAGUACCAGAACGCCGUGGCGUAUUUCCAAAGAGUUGUGGAUGUCUGGAACACUUUACCUACUUAUUCCUUCUUGCUGGCUGCUGGCAUUGAGCCUUCCACUGAUGGCCAAUAUGCCUUGCUGGACAUCCAAGAUGCCUUGUCUUCCAACCACGGAGGCAAAGAAGUCUACAUUGGAUGUAGAAAUGGUGCCAUCUCUGAGGUCUGGUAUUUCCACAACGUCAAGGGCAACAUUUUGAAUGGCCAACUUCUGCCAGUGGACUCUGUGACCCUGAGCAAAUGUCCUGAAAAUGUGUGGUAUCUUCCAAAGUAG